AUGGCUGAUCGCGUGACUCCUGUAAAUCAAGUGUCGACCAUGUACGACUUGGAAUCUUUGGCUGUCAUUGACGAGCCAGUGUCUGUCUGCGCUGAAAGCGAGCACAAAGAGCGACAAGAAGAUAAUGGCACCGCUGGCUGCAAAAAUGGGCUGAUCAGAGACUGCCGGUCUAGCUCUGGCGGUCAUUGCAGCGCUGGUGGAGGAGUUACCAUCCGAAGGGCGAGCGCGCGGAGUCGAUGGGAUUGGUCCGAGCUAGCGUGCAACCACCCCCGGCCUGCUCAGCCCUCUCAUAUCCCCGGCCUUCUCCCAACCUCACUCUCCGUCCUGCCAGACCAUCCUCUCCCACACCCUUCCUCUCGAUCGCGCAAGCCAUCCGGGCUUUCGUCUCUUGCUCCCCAAAUUCCCCCAUUGCGACGUCAUUGCGAAGCCAUGGCCGCUGAAGGUGUUCGCAUCACGGCUGGGCCGACCGUCGACGAGACUACAAAGGUGGUCAAGGCAGAAAAUGAGGUAAAAGCGGAAGCCAAGUCAGACGCAGCCGCGGAGAAAGCGCUCGAAGAACGCGGUGUUGAUGGUGCCUCGAAGCCCGAGCCGGAAAAGCCCGCCGAGUCUAACCCUGCCGCACAGAACGACGUCCCUGAGGCCACGAGUUCUGAGCAGAAGGAUGAACAAAGCGAUGCCAAAGAACCUCAGCCAGGUGAUAAACGGGGCCACGACGCAACUGAACCUCCGGCUGGAGAGGACCAGACCACAGACGCUCCUCCCGAAACAUCCAACAAGAAGCAAAAGACAGAUGAAGACGCUAACCCUGCAACUGAGACGGCGAAUGAUGAGACGGCCACGACUCUAGCGACCAACGGAGAAAAGAAGAGACCCGGUCGGCCCAAAAAGGGCGCAAAAGAUGCCGUCAAGAAAUUGACGCCUCGGUCCACGGACGGGAUUAGCAGCCGGACUCGGAGUCGAGUCAAGCUGUCAGAAUAA